AUGAACCUCUCCCUCCUCCCGUGUGUGCGCUCUCCCUCCCCCCGUGUGUGCGCUCUCCCUCCCCCCGUGUGUUCGCUCUCUCUCCUCCCGUGUGUGCGCUCUCUCUCCUCCCGUGUGUGCGCUCUCUCUCCUCCCGUGUGUGCGCUCUCUCUCCUCCCGUGUGUGCGCUCUCUCUCCUCCCAUGUGUGUGCUCUCUCUCCUCCCGUGUGUGCGCUCUCUCUCCUCCCAUGUGUGCGCUCUCUCUCCUCCCGUGUGUGCGCUCUCUCUCCUCCCAUGUGUGUGCUCUCUCUCAUCCCGUGUGUGCGCUCUCUCUCCUCCCGUGUGUGCGCUCUCCCUCCUCCCGUGUGUGCGCUCUCUCUCCUCCCGUGUGUGCGCUCUCUCUCCUCCCGUGUGUGCGCUCUUCUCUUCCCCUCUGGUAGACUGGCAGAUGCCGAGACGGUGAUGGUGGGGUGGACGUACUCCCGCUGGAGUCCUGAAAUCGCCAGUUCCCCCCCUGUGUGCGCUCUCUCCCCCUUCCCCCUCUCUGUGCCGCCAGGACGCCAAGACGAUGCUGGUGGGCUGGAGGUUAUCCCUCUAAGUUCCUUUCGACUUGAGUGUUCCACCCCCGUGUGCGCGCGUGCUUCGCCCUCCCCUCGCCGCCCCCUCUCCACCCUCCUCGCAUGGCUUCAAGAUGCCAAGACGGUGCUGGUGGGCUGGACACACUACCGCUGGACGCACUAG